AUGUCAGGACGAAGCAAAGUGUCGGUGCAGCCGAUCAACAUCAUCUUCCGCCACCUGCAGCAGCAGACAAGAGUGUCGCUCUGGCUCUACGACAAUGUCGACUUUCGCAUCGAGGGCAAGAUCAUCGGUUUCGAUGAGUUCAUGAACGUGACAUUGGCGGAUGCCGAGGAGGUGUGGCUCAAGAAGGACCACAAGCGCGUCGAGCUCGGGCGCAUCCUUUUGAAAGGCGACAACAUCACACUCAUUCAACCGGCAAAGUGA